CAGAAUAAAAAAAUAUAUACUUUAUUAUUUAAAGCGUCAACACACAGUGAUGCACCAGAUACACAGUUUUUCAUAAAGUAGACAUUACCAGUUACAGUACGCCUACCCCUUUUUUUUGGAUAAUAGGGCGGUCCGUUGAGGGCUCGAAUAUUUUUGCGGGAGAAAAGAGCUGAGAUUAGCGUGUGUUUAUAUUUUGUUCUGACAGCAUAUCUAUCUAUCACCUCGUCGGAUACAGAUAAUAUUACAAUAUUUGCGACAAUAAUGUGGUGAUCACCUGCCAGUGUCAUGAGCUCUAGAAAGAUAAGAGCGAAGAUGCCAAAAGUCGCCCCCCAAAAGGACAAGCCUGAAAGCAGACCAUCCUACCUGAACGUGUCUUCCAUUGAGAAAGACAGCUCAUUGCACGAGUACCACAACUAUGGAAACCCCAUGCACAGCACUGCCUUGGAGGAGGAUCUGAGUCAUGUGGUGGAGCAGAAAGAAGGGGCUCAAGCGAGGGAGGGACAGCGACAGCCACACCAGAGCAGCACUGUAGUGGCCCCUAAAAAAGCCCCCCGGACUGGCCGAGGAAAGGCCCAGACCAAGGACAGAAGUGGCCAGUCGUCCCCAGCCAAGGCCUCUGUUCCUGGGAGGACAGAGAGGAAGAGCCAGGGACUUAAGGAAAGGCCUGUGAAGAAGAGGCUGAAAAGAGCAGCAGACCCGGCUACGGUGUCUCAGCCCCAGGCCGUCUCCACAGUCUCCCCCAGCUCUCCUAGCCCGACCAAGAAGAGACAGAGACCUUCUCUGUCCUCCGAGGACCUUUCUGACAACGAGGACCCCAACUGGAACAAUGGCCAGAAGAGGGCCAAGUCCAGGAAGUCCGCGAGUGAGAAGGUGAGCAACAGGAAGUCCCCUGGCAACAGGCGGAACAACAGGAAAUCGUCUGCUGAAAGGAAGAGCCUCCAAGACAAGAAGAGGAAGUCAUCAUCAGGAACUUCAGACACGACAGGUGCCGUACGCAAAGUGGACCUGCUCCAGAGGGUGAGGAACCCUGGUGAGCUUGAUGUGGUCCUAGACUCUUUCCUGGAGUUCACCUCCCUCUACAGCGAGGCCGUGGGGUCAAAGGCAGUGUGUCAGGCGAUAGACGCCCUCUCUCACUCCGUCCAGGAACAGCUGUCUGAAAAGAUUGCUGCAGCUAAGGAGCUGGACUGCCUACGGAGAGACACAAGGAAGGUGACAAGUGCCAUCAACAAGAAGAGAGAGAGGCUGCUGGAGGCCAAGAACGAGGCCAUCAGGAAAGAGAAGGAAGUUCGGGGGCUGCAGAGAGAAAAGGCCAGACUGCAGCAGCGCCUGGAGGACCUCCGAAAAGGCUCUGGCCUCCUCUCAGGGCUGGCAAACCUGCACAGAAACUACCGGCAGCAUGUCCACCUGGACCAGCCCCAGCAGUACGGUGUGUCCAGCCUCCCUGCUCUACUGCUGGAAGCACAGCAGGUUCUGGGAGCUGAAGAACAGCUGAGAACCCUCAAUGGCAGGCUGGAGCAGGCCCUGGAGAAAGUGGUCUGACACAGCUAUACAUCCACACAAAUACAAAUUAAAGCAGCAAUGUGCACAGACCAUACAUUGAAAAAAAUACAUCCACGAUACAGUCCAGAAGUUUUUUGUGUGCUGCAGGAACUAAAUAUCAGAAAUUACUGUAAUUAUGAAUGAAACAUCUUUCAUUGUGUCAUAAUAAACGUCAUGUUGGAGCAUCUGAAA